UCUCCUUUUCACUUUCUCUGAAUCAUUUUCUCUGAUACUAAGGUAAGAAAAACAGAGAGAAAAAAUGCCUGCCGUCGGAGGAAUAAGCUCCGGAGAAGGGGGCAAAGAGUACCCCGGAAACCUCACUCCUUUUGUCACCAUAACAUGUAUAGUUGCAGCCAUGGGUGGAUUGAUCUUCGGCUACGAUAUUGGGAUUUCUGGUGGGGUAACGUCUAUGGAUCCGUUUUUGUUAAAGUUCUUCCCGUCGGUGUACCGGAAAAAAAACCUCGACAAAUCGACAAACGAGUAUUGUCAGUACGACAGCCAAACACUGACGAUGUUCACGUCGUCGCUGUACCUGGCGGCGCUGUUGUCGUCGCUGGUUGCUUCCACCAUCACGCGUAGGUUUGGCCGGAAACUUUCCAUGCUUUUCGGUGGUUUGCUCUUCCUUGUCGGUGCCCUCAUUAAUGGCUUCGCCCAACGCGUUUGGAUGUUGAUCGUGGGUCGGAUCUUGCUCGGGUUUGGUAUCGGGUUCGCCAAUCAGUCUGUGCCACUCUACCUCUCUGAGAUGGCUCCUUACAAAUACAGAGGAGCUCUGAAUAUUGGUUUCCAAUUGUCAAUAACAAUUGGCAUUCUAGUGGCCAAUGUGUUGAACUACUUUUUUGCCAAAAUCAAAGGAGGGUGGGGAUGGAGGUUGAGUUUGGGUGGUGCUAUGGUACCUGCACUUAUAAUUACUGUUGGAUCACUCGUCCUUCCUGACACCCCAAAUUCCAUGAUUGAACGUGGAGAUCGCGAUGCAGCCAGGGCUCAUCUUCAAAGAGUUCGAGGUGUGGAUGAUGUUGAUGAAGAGUUCAAUGACCUUGUAGCAGCUAGUGAAGCUUCCAUGCAAGUUGAACACCCUUGGAGAAACUUGUUACAGAGGAAGUAUAGGCCACACCUCACUAUGGCCAUCUUGAUUCCAUUCUUCCAGCAAUUAACCGGCAUCAAUGUCAUAAUGUUUUAUGCACCUGUGUUGUUUAAUUCCAUUGGGUUUAAGAGUAAUGCUUCCCUAAUGUCUGCUGUGAUCACUGGCAUUGUUAAUGUUGUUGCUACUACAGUCUCAAUUUAUGGAGUUGAUAAGUGGGGUAGGAGAGCCCUUUUCCUUGAGGGUGGAGUUCAGAUGAUGAUAUGCCAGGCUAUAGUUGCAGCUGCUAUUGGAGCAAAGUUUGGAAUUGAUGGAAACCCUGGUGAUUUGCCAAAGUGGUAUGCCAUAGUUGUGGUGCUGUUCAUUUGCAUUUAUGUAGCAGGGUUUGCUUGGUCAUGGGGUCCCCUUGGUUGGUUGGUGCCUAGUGAGAUCUUUCCAUUGGAGAUUCGAUCGGCAGCUCAAAGUAUCAAUGUGUCGGUGAACAUGUUCUUCACGUUCGUUGUUGCUCAAGUUUUCUUGUCCAUGCUUUGCCACAUGAAGUUUGGCUUGUUCAUCUUCUUUGGCUUCUUUGUGGUGGUGAUGACAUUCUUUGUGUACUUCAUGCUGCCUGAAACUAAGGGCAUCCCAAUUGAAGAGAUGGGCAAGGUUUGGAGGUCACACCCAUACUGGUCCAAAUUCGUUGAGCAUGACGAUUUUGGCAAUGGUGUUGCGAUGGAUAAGAGAACUAUCAAGAAUGUGUAAUUAGCCCUUGUUGUAUUUUCUUUUCCUCAGUGACUAGUUUCCCCCUCUCUCUUUUGUUGUUGGUAAAACAUACUUCUAAUGUCAAUGUGAGUUUCAAUGUAUUGAAUUGUCCUUAAAAAUUGAAGGGUUGUUUUUAUCUAGGGUCCCCUGGUUUCGGUGAACAAUGUUUACA